UGCGGAAACGCACGUCAUAGUAAUUCCGUACCAACCUUCCGGCACGGCGGCGGCCCAAGUCUUGUGACAACUCCUGGUGGUCGGACUUAUCUCGGGCUCCCUGCGACUUUUAACAGCCCAUCACUCGAACAUAUUGCUGCGAACUUGGACUGCAUGACCUCAUCAUUCUAUUUCUUCGGUCCUGACAGUGAAUUGUUGCUUACAUCCAGAUUAUGCGAAAGUUUGUUUGGAGCCCAUCCAGAGUUAAACAAUGCAUGACAUGAGUUUGGUGUUGAUCGCGGUGUAAGAUGUCUUACCACUAAUAUGCAAGACCUCAUUCAAAGGUUGUUUGUCAACAUACUCGGGGGGCUUCUGUUCCCCUUGGUGUUGUCGACGAGGACGAAGUUGAAAGGUUUUGUUCUCUCCUCACAGAUCAAGAUGACGAGACGAACGACAAGUCGAAAAGGGGGAAACGUAGUUUCGAAAACAACUGUUGGAACGUGUCGAUGGCACCCCCAGGAACAACGUGGGUUGCGGCGCAGCUGUGGAUGUGCCCUGACGUCCCAAACGGUGACCAGGCAGAGUGCCACUGCAACUCAACCAAACAUUGUGGGUGUAGCUAGAGAACUUAGAGGUGGAGGUAGCGAGAUCUCACGAGCCAUUGGCCGGACUGAGAAGUCCUACUGAUGCCACAAUUUAUAACCAGGAGACAAACUCCAUCCAAGGUCUGGCCUCCCUCGGCAACAACCUACACGAUAGUUUUAUUGUUGGGCAACACUUGUCACGCCUUCGCAUUGAUCAUCCUGCUUUCCCACGAGACCUCCCUCCCGUCCUUCUGGGGACGAGUCGCGGUGUCGCGGUGCCCCGCCCUCCGCUUUUGCCCACCCCUGAAUGUUGGUGAUGGAGUGGGCAUACUACAUUGCACAGUGCAGGACGAGGUUGUUCCUGUGGUAGCCUGGCAAUUGCCAUGGCUCUCACCGGGAAUAAGCGUGCCCCAGUUCUGCCAGACUCGUUGGAU